AUGGGUUAUGUAUAUUUCGUUUUAAAAAGUCGGUAAUUUUAUAAUGUUUUCCAUGGAGAUUUGCGUCUCUUGAAUGGUUAUUUUAAUUUAAUUGUUAUUUAUUUUGGUUCUGUUUCUCUCUCUCUCUUAAAACCUGGCGGUCUAUGUCACUGCUUCUUCUAAAUCGAUAAAACCCCCCCGCAACUGAUCUUUGUCAUGUUUAGAAAGAGAAAAUCGCAGCCAUAGGUUCCUAAUCCUCUCUCUCUUCUCACUCUCUCUCCUCUGUAAACCCCUUUGAAGGGUUUUUGUUUGCCGCUUCCUCUCCCUUUACCACUAUAUCUAUCCAAAUCUCUCACCAAUUUUUGCUCUUUUUGCUCUCUGUUCAGUGAAACAAAGGAAAGAAGAGAGGGUAACAGAGUUUUUAUUCCUUCUCUUGGGUUGCUUCUGAUUCUCGGAGGAACUGAGAGUGAUUGAAAGGGAGGAAGAGCAGGGGAUUUAUGUCGGCUGGGUUUGAUUUGGCGCUGAUUGGGGCUCCGUCGAAGCUCUGGCUUUUUACUUCUGCGUCUUCUUCUUGCUCGUUCGUCAAGAGGCUGAAUCUGGUGAAGAAUUCCGUUUCGAUGCGUUUGAGACCAAAAAGGACUUGUUCUGGAGUAGAGUGUUUUGGAACCUUUCAUAUAAAACGAUUUUCCGUGAUUUUCCUGUUCCUCAGAGGCGGUCUCACUUGAUACUUCGAUCUUAGUCUCAAUUUUCUUCCGUUUUCUCUCCCAAAAAAUUUUUCCCAAACAGUACCAACUUAGGAAAUUUUUCUGAGAAACCAAACUUUUUUUCUUCUUUUGCUAAGAUUUUCCGAAGAUGCCAGAGCCUCGGAAGCAAUCCAGAGGGGUUUCCAUGGACGCAGAGUCCAAAUCUUUGAUGAGAAAAAUCCGCGUAAUCUGUUCCGAUCCUUACGCGACCGAUUCGUCAUCGAGCGAUGACGAAGGCGAGAGAGAGAGAUUUCAGAGAAAAUCUUCCUACCUAUGCAAGCGGAUCGUGCGGGAAAUUUACCUACCUCUUUUACAGAAACCCACAAAGUCCCUCGAUUCUUCUGAGAGCUCUUCUCAAGACAGCAACAAUGGAGUCGUCACUACUACCCCAAACAACAAAACCCCAACCAACCCAAACCGCAAGAGGAGGGUUUUGGCCAAUCGGCCCAGAACGUCGUCGUCUCCUUACAGAGGCGUCCGUCAGAGGAAAUGGGGAAAAUGGGCUGCUGAAAUUCGUGACCCUUUUAAGGGCUCUCGUCUUUGGUUGGGAACUUACAACACUCCUGAAGAUGCUUCCCAAGCUUACGAAGCGAAAAGGCUCGAAUUCGAAGCCAUGGCUAUGACUACUGUUACUGUCACUUCUUCCUCUGCUGCGGUUGCCAAGUCGCAAAACGACACCGUUUUAUCCUCAUCCUCGUCCGAGGACUCCGAGGUUUCUCAGUCUCACAAUUCCCCGUCGUCUGUACUUGAACCCGAGACUUCGACCUCGGCUUCGGCCCCGCCGCUGGCCUCGGCCUCGUCUUCGGCUUCGGAAUCGAAUCUUAAUGUCAAUGGUGCUGAUUUGGUUAAAAAGAGUGUUGACGUUGAUAUGCUGGAUUUGAGUUUCAUGGAUGAGGCUCUGGCGUCUCUUCCCUUUGAGCAGGAACUUGGGUUAGCCCCGGAAUUCGAUCAGCUUUUGUUGGACGACUUUGGGCAGUUUCUAAACGAUGAUUUUAGCAGUAUUGAUGAUGUUCAAAUAUUUGGGUUUGAUGGAGUUGAGCCCAGUGAGCUUCCCGAUUGUGAUUUUGAGGAUCUUGGCAAGGACGACAUGGCUUGUUGGAUGGAUGAUGCUCUUAACAUUCCCUGCUCAUAAUCGUCUCUAUUUAUUUAUUUAAUUACAUAAUAUUAUGAUAUAAGUUUUGUUUUAUUUAUGUUCUGAUCAGGAAUCGUGGGAAACAAGACAUGGUUCCUGAGCGAGUUUAGUGGGUUGUUUAUGUGAGUUCAACAGAGUUUAAUUUAUUUGUUUUAA